UUUUAUCUCGCCCUUGCCUGCCUUCCCCCUCCGCUCCCAUCCCCAUCUUCCUCUCUCUCUCUCUCUGCCCCCGCUCCUCGCAGAAGCAGCCGCAGCUACUCACCAGCAAGGGCGAGGAGGAGAGGACGAGGCGAGAGCAGCAAGCGGCUACUACCCUUCUUCUCCGUCUCUCCAGCAAGCGAGGGGUUUCAUCAUCAGCAAAUGGAGAAUCGCGUGCACGCCAUGGGAUCCGAGAACACCAUGGAGGGCGUCAAGUUUGCUUCCGAGACGGCGGCCAACACCAACCGGAGGGCCCUCAGGGACAUCAAGAACAUCAUCGGGAACCCUCACCAACACCUGGCUGUCAGCAAGAGAGGGCUGCUAGAAAAACCAGCUGCCGCAGAUCCCAAGAACCAACGUGGCUUUGCUGGACACCGGCCAGUCACGAGGAAAUUUGCUGCAACUAUGGCAACACAACCUGCAAGUGCCCCACCGGCACCCGUUGGCAGUGACAGGCAGAAAAGAAACGCAGAUACUGCAUUCCACACUGAUAUGGAAUGCACCAAGAUAUCUGAUGACUCGCCACUGCCAAUGCUGUUUGAGAUGGAUGACUUGAUGUCAUCCGAGCUCAAGGAGAUCGAGAUGGAAGACAGUGAAGAGGUGGCACCAGAUAUUGACAGCUGUGAUGCAGGCAAUUCACUUGCUGUGGUUGAAUACGUUGAUGAACUUUACAGUUUCUACAGAAAAACUGAGGAUUUGAGCUGUGUCUCGCCUACCUACAUGUCACGCCAAACUGACAUUAAUGAGAAGAUGCGUGGCAUUCUUAUUGACUGGCUUAUUGAGGUCCACUAUAAACUGGAGCUAUUGGGUGAGACCUUGUUCCUGACAGUGAACAUCAUAGACAGAUAUUUAGCUCAAGAAAAUGUGGUGAGGAAGAAACUGCAACUUGUCGGUGUGACGGCCAUGCUGCUGGCGUGCAAAUAUGAAGAAGUCAGCGUCCCUGUGGUGGAUGAUCUGAUCCUCAUCUGCGAUCGCGCCUACACCCGCGCUGAUAUUCUGGAAAUGGAGAGGAUGAUUGUGGACACGCUUGAAUUCAAUAUGUCAGUCCCAACACCAUACUGUUUCAUGAGAAGGUUCCUGAAGGCAGCACAAUCUGACAAGAAGAUGGAGCUCCUAUCUUUUUUCAUAAUCGAGCUUAGCCUUGUCAGUUACGAGAUGCUAAAGUUCCAGCCGUCGAUGCUGGCGGCUGCGGCCAUCUACACUGCUCAGUGCACGAUCAAUGGGUUCAAGUCCUGGAACAAAUGCUGUGAGCUCCACACAAGAUACUCUGAAGAACAGCUGAUGGACUGCUCCAGGAUGAUGGUUGAACUCCAUCAAGGAGCAGCUCAUGGGAAGCUAACUGGGGUUCACAGGAAGUACAGCACCUUCAAGUAUGGCUGCGCUGCGAAAUCAGAGCCGGCCGGCUUCUUGCUGGAUGCAUAAUUCCUAAACUGGAUCGACUGUGUGGGGGGUUACAAACCCUGUAACUAAAGAAAUUUUCCAUGGAGAAUAUGAGUGAAAGAGAUUCAGGUGUACAUGGAAGGCAGGUUGCUUUGUUGAAAUUACAGAGUGAGACCAAGACCAACAUGUGUUGGGGUUGGCUGUACUUGUGUGCUUCUUUUAUACUCUUGGGUAACUUAACAUCGAUGAAACAUUGGUUUUUAGGCUGCUUCCAACUUGUAUCUGUUGGAAUAGCUCAGUAUAUCUAUUUUAGGCUGGCAAUUCAUCAUUCAUUCUGUGAACACCUGCAAGUUGCAAAUAAACAUGAGCUGAAUCCCCUGUUCAUUGUGUGGAAAUUA